AUGUGGAAUGCAACAGGUCCCGAUUCGAAUCGAAAUGCCCCUCCUGGGGUUGUUCCCGAUUACAACAACCCUGAAGACGUUUACUGGACGUUGAAUAUUGUCUUGACGACGAUAUUACGGAUUUAUGUCAAGGGAACGAUUAGCCGGAACUUUGGGUUGGAAGAUUUUGUCUAUAUCCCGGCUGCCUUUUUCACCAAAGCAACCAUUUUGCUUUUGAUGGCGCGAGUUUUUGCUGUUGAACCACGAGUCGCAAAAGGAAUCAAGAUCUUGAUAUGGGCUUUACUGGUGGCAUACAUUCCGAUCCAAAUACUUCGGAUUGUCAACUGUUAUCCCAUCCGGACAUACUGGGAUCCAGAUGUCAGAAACGCACGAUGUCUCAACCAACGAAAGAUCUUCUUUUCUGAUCUAUCGCUAUCGAUUGUCACGGAUUUGGUCAUUCUGUUGAUCCCGAUACCGUUGACCUGGAAACUCCGAAUGUCGAUAGGAAAAAGGAUCAAGAUUGUGUUGCUUUUGGGGGCUGGUGGAAUCGCUACAGCCUUGACACUGUUCCGUGUUGCCAAGGCGGUAGACUUUUUGAACUCGGAUGAUAUUACUGUCGAUUAUACGCCGAUUGGCAUCCUAACGGCUCUCGAGAUUACUAUUGGCUUCGUCUGCGCCUGUCUUCCAUCCCUGAACCUCCUGAUCGAGCAUCAUGUCCGUAAACGUAGGCGAGCACGAAACCCGGAUUGGCCACGCGAUCGAACACGGACAUCCCUGUUCAAGAAGCCCUUCCGAUGGAUUAGCUCGUCUACAGAGCACAUGCCCUCUCGACCGAAUCGGCCUGAAGAUGGAAUGAUUGACUUGGACGUGGAAAUGGCCAUGUUGACGGGGCAGCCUGUACGAUUACGAACGGGACGAACAGCCAGUGCAGGAUCCCACGAUAUCCGACCACUUGACCAUCGACUUAAUUCUGGCGACGGACGAAGAGAGGGAUGGCUGUCUCAAGACCGGGAUGAGCAAGACGAAGUACAGGACAGCAAAUUCAUCAUGCGAAUGGUGGAGGAAUCAAGAGCACGAGCAGACGAAGGAGCCAAAGAAUCAUGGUGUCCAGUCUGGGAUGGACCGAGGGAUCCCAUGGCAAGUCAAGGGAGCUGGAAGUUUAGCGUGCGGUCGCAUUAG